AUGGCUAACUUUUCAUAUCAAUCAUCUAAUGGUGGUUAUGGUGGUGGUGUUGAUGCUGCUUUCCAACAAGCUGACACUGACCGUGAUGGCCGACUUAAUAUCAACGAAUUUCGUCAAUUUCUCGGACAAAGCGUAAACAGUGCUGGCGGUGCUGGUGGAUACAGUUCUGGUUCAUCAUUCGAAUCAGCAUCAUAUGGUAAUGGUGCUGGUGCUGGUUACGGUGCUGGUGCUGGUGCUGGUUAUGGUGCUAGCGCUGGUGCUGGAUAUGGUGCAGGUAGUUCAAGCUAUGAAUCAUCAUCAGUACAACAAAGCGGUUUUGGUGCUGGUGGUGCUGCUAGUGGUUAUGAAGCUCAAUUUGGUGCUGGUGGUGCUGCUGGAGGUGCUGCUGGAGGUGCAAGCCAAUAUGAAUCAUCACAAUUCGCAAGCAGCGGAUACGGUGGUGAAGCUGGAUUCGCCGCCAAUCAAGGUGGAGCAUCCUACCAAUCACAACAAUCAAGCACUCAAGUACAACAAUAUGCUACUGAUGCUCAAGGUCUCUUCCAAGAUCCAAACCCACAAAUAAUUCGUCGUCCAGCUGCAGGUGGUGUACAAACAUAUACACAAAAUAUUCGAGUUCGCUUUCUUCAACCACCACCAAUUCCACCACCAGGCCCACUCAUCAUCAAAGAAGUUCGCCCACCUCAACCACCCCCACCACCACCUCUUCGUAUUCGUCAACAAGCUCCACCUCUUCCUCAACCACCCCCACUUGUUCUUCGUGAAAGACCACCACAAGUACCAGCUUCAGUUGCUUCACAAACUGUUAUUCGUCGUUUGGCUGCUUUACCAGUCCCACCACGAUCGGUUGUUAUUGAACGUCUUCCACCCCUUCCACCACGACCACGUGAUGUCAUCAUCGAACGUUGGAUCCCAUAUGGAGCUCAAGCUAAACGACGAACCAUUGUUCAACGUGCCGCUGCUGCUCAACAAUAUCAACGACCACGCAAUGUUAUCAUUCAAUACGAACCAGUUCAAGUCCGUGUUGUUCGUCAAUUCCAACGUCUUGGUGUUACACAAGCUAACCCACAAGCUUAUGUUCAACAAUAUGGUGCUCAGCUUCUUGAUGCCGGUACACUCCUUCAACAAGCUCGUUCUGCUGGUGUUGUUGAAGAUAUUUCACCACCUGCUGGAGCUGCUUCAGCCGCUGUUGGUUUUGGUGCUGCCUCUUAUGGUCAAGAAUCACAAUUUGCUGCCUCAUCAAGUCAAGAAGCUGGUUUUGGUGGUGCUGCUGGUUUUGCUGGUGGUGCUGCUGGUUUUGCUGGUGGUGCAUCUGGUUUCGAAGCUGCUGGUGCUGGAGGAUACAGUCAAUCAUCAUCAUUCGAAUCAGCUCAAUUUGGAGCAAAUGGUGGUGGUGCUGCUGGUGGUUAUGAAGCUCAAUUUGGUGCUGGUGGUGCUCAAGGUGGUGCUGGUUUUGGUGCAUCAUCAUCAUCAUUCGAAUCAUCAAGCUUCCAAGCUGGUGGUGGUGAUGCAGGUUUUGGUGGUGGUGCUGCUGCUGGAGGUUUCGGAGCUUUUGGUGGAGCUGAUGCUGCUUUCGCUGCUGCUGAUCUCAACCGUGAUGGUACCAUCGAUCAAAAUGAAUUCCGCCAAUUUAUUAGUCAAAACUAUGGUGCUGGUGGUGCUGGUGGUGCUGGUGGAGCUGCUGGUGGUUCAUCAUCAUACGAAUCAUCAUCAUUCCAAUCACAAUCAGCUGGUUAUUAA